AUAUCUACAGCAAAUCUUACAGUGAGAUCCCCGUUCCAAGAACGAUCGAAAGCUCCUCCAAAAGUCCUCAUCUCUAAUCCUAGUCCUAUCCCUCUUCGUGUCACCUACUAACACGUCUCAUUUCUAUCCCAUUUUGUACCGUUGUCAGCUUAAGGUCUCUAGUUACCCAUGUUGUCUCAUCUCAUCGCCCUCCACAAUGGGCAGACUGUCCCUGCUAUCGGACUCGGAACAUGGCAAUCAGAACCCAAUACCAGUGAAAUCAUUUGCGCUGUGGAACAUGGGCUCAAGGUGGGCUAUAGACACAUUGAUUGCGCUUUGUAUUAUGGGAAUGAGAAGGAAAUCGGUGAUGGUCUGCGUAUAUCAGGCGUCCCGCGAGAGGAAGUGUUCAUCACCAGCAAGCUUUGGGGUACAUACCAUAGGCGUGUUGAGGAAUGCCUCGACCUGACACUCGCAAAAUUGGGAACAACGUAUCUUGACCUUUACCUUAUCCACUGGCCCAUUCCGCUGAACCCGAACGGGAGUGACCCACUCGUACCGAUGCUCCCCAACGGAAAAUUUGACCUCGAUGAAUCACGGGACAUCAGGGACACAUGGAAGGCUAUGGAGGCUAUGGUAAAGAAAGGUAAAGUCAAGGCAAUCGGCACGUCAAACUUCUCCGAGAUGAUGCUUGAGAAGAUUUUGCCGACAGCUGAGAUCAUACCGGCUGUUAACCAGCUUGAGCUUCACCUGUACAAUCCGCAGCUGAAGCUGUUGGACUACUUGAAGUCGAAGAAAAUUGUUCCGCAAGCAUACUCUCCCCUUGGUUCGACCGGCGCUCCACUGUUGACCGAUGAGUCUGCCACAGAGAUCGCAAAGAAGCAUAACCUCAAGAGCACGUCCGAUGUUCUUCUCGGCUACCUGCUGAAAAAGGACAUAGUUGUCCUUCCCAAAUCAAUGUCGCCAUCCCGUAUCGAAUCUAACUUGACUGGCGCACUAGAGGCAUACAAUUUGCUGACGCCAGAGGAUAUCAAAAUUCUUGACGGUGUCGCUGCGGGUGGCAAGCAGAACCGUUUUGUCAUGCCUCCCUGGGGUAUUGACAUUGGUUUCGAUAAUUGGCCCGCUUCGGCGACGUAAGGGAAUCUGAGGCUCCAGAUAUAUGAGCUGUUCGCACAA